AAGCCCAGCUUGGCAUCGCGUUGGUCCUCGAUGGGUAGAGGAGAGGAAACAGCUGCCGGGCGUGGCCUGGAACGCCAAGCCAAAGGUUGGGCAAAGCAUUUGGGGGCUAUAACUCAAACUCUUCUCUCUCUCCCCCCCCCACUUUUUUUUUUAAAUAAUUCUUAACAGCUACUAUCCUCUCUACCCGCCCCCCGAGGACAUGAUGGUGAAUUACGAGCACUUCUACCCCUACGCCUCUCUGCCCGUCACGCCGGACCUCUUGAUCACCCCCUCCGACCUGAAAUACUUCGUUAAGGACGUUUUGGGGUGCAUCUGCAUUAACCCCAGCCGGCUGACGAAAGGACAAGUCGGGGGCAGCUAUGCGCAGCUCUGGGUCCAGCCACAGGUCCCUGGGGCCCAGCGGAAGAGCCCGUGCAUCGCCGCGCAAGUGAUCAAGAUCUAACCAGGUUCCGGCAACACCUGAAGCCUUCAAGAGAACGAGCUAAAGGACUCUUUCCUUCUCCAGCAACCUGCAGAUCCCCAAAGUCUGAGCAACCCAAACAUCUGG